GACAAGUGGUAAGAGGUUCUGGAGAGUUCCAUUCCCUCUCUAACGUAUGUUGGAGAGAGAUAGAUACAGAGAGGAGAAACAAAACCUUUUUUUUCCCAAAUUUCUUCUAUGAUCUCGUCUACGAUCUCCUAUCAAUCCAGAAGAUCGUUGCCUCGAGUCCAUUGAAGCCACCAAUAUAUAGAUAUUUUGGCACUGUGGCUCUGUUUUUUUUGUUGGUAGUUGAAAUUCAUCGAAAGAAUCGAUUUUUAUUGUGUUUUUGUCGGUUUUGGUUUGUGGGUUUCGAGAAAGUAAGGCAUGGCGUCGAACGGUAACGAGAAAGGCAACGAUGAUUUGUAUGCUGUUAUGGGUUUGAAGAAGGAAUGUACCACCACGGAGCUCCGUUCUGCUUACAAAAAGCUCGCUCUUAGAUGGCAUCCAGACCGUUGUUCGUCGAUGGGGGAUUCGGAGUUUGUAGAUGAAUCAAAGAAGAAGUUUCAGGCUAUCCAAGAGGCCUACUCUGUUCUGUCUGACUCCAACAAGAGGUUCCUCUAUGACGUUGGAGCUUAUAAUAGUGAUGAUGAUGAUCAUGACCAAAACGGAAUGGGAGAUUUUUUGAACGAGAUGGCUACCAUGAUGAAUCAGUCAAAGCCUAGUGAGAAUAAUUCAGGGGACAGUUUUGAACAGUUGCAAGAUCUGUUUAAUGAGAUGUUUCAAGGAGACGCUACAGCAUUCUCCUCAUCUUCAUCAUCAUGCAAUGCUUCAACUUUCACUUCCUCUUGUAGCUUUGUCUUUGACACAAAUCCUCAGCAGUCAACGUUUGAGACAAACUCGAUGGGGAUGAAUGAUCCUUUCGCGUUUGACCCCAAAGCUCACACCUUCUCUUUAGGGGUGGAACAUCAGCGGGAUUUCAAGAAGGGGAAGAACAAUGGUGGGAGGAGAAACAGGAGGAAGAACAAUGCUCAAUCAGGUGCUCACGAAACGUCGUCGUCAAACAACUAUGGAGUCCCCACUUCAUAGCUAUUGAAGACCAUCUUUUUGAUAACUUAUCUCCACAUUUGUCGACUAGUCACACACAAGAGGACUGGUUCUGGUCUUUCUCAACAAGGAUGCAUCAAAAACUCCAAACGUUGUCGUUUGUAAAACUACCCUCCUCGUUCGUUCUCUUGGACCUUUUUCUCUCUCUCUCUCUCUCUCUCUCUCUACUUUGUGAUUGAAUUGUUGUCUCCUAAGCAAGAGUCUUUAAUGAAGUCAACGGCUUUAUGAUGACAAAUACUUGUCCUACCAUUCUUAAUUAGUCAUUGGCUUUCUCAGCA